AUGGCCAAUGAAGAGCUGCUUCAGAAACUGCGCCGGCAGCGGCUGCGCAUGGGCGAGGAUCCACUGCCUGUUCAGCGCCCACUUGACCAGACGAAGGAGAGGCGCAGUCGACGCGAUGAGCUGAUAAAUCUGAUUCCGCUGGAGAACAGGGGCGAGGUGAAACAGCGAGCACAAAAGUUUCAAAAUGCGGACAGUCCUGGGCCUUCCCCUUCUCGCGCGCCUGGGCGCAUUAACCUGGAAACCUGUUGGAAGCUUGAGAAAUCCUGCCCAUCACAGAAAUCUCCUGGAAGAGAAGUAAGGCAUCCGCUGCAGGAAGUGGUUGUGCAGCAGCAGGCAAAGCCAGAGAAUGCCCUGGCAACAAUUCAGGAAGAAGCAAAGUCUGGGAGCUUGGGAGAAAGUGUAAUCUCUCAGGAAGCAAACAUGGCGGAAGGCCCUCUUCCCUCCCAGACCGAGCCGUCACCGGCGGCAAAUCCAACUCCUUCAGCUUACACCGAGCUGGAGGGCGGAAGCAUCCAGGAGAUCUUGCCAGACAUGCAGGACAUCACUGCAGCGUCAUUGGAUGCAGAAGCCAGCCUAGCGCGGGCACCUGCGAAUUCCACGACUGCAGAGGCUGCUGAAGCAAAGUGCUUUUGCAUGUGGGACAGCGAUGAGGAUGAUGACUGCUUGGCCCAAGAUGAUUUGGGAUCUGCUAGGUCUGCCGCUGAGGCAGAAGCGGAGGAGCCGCUCGAGUUUUCCAUGCUGGACUACCUGGCAGAGCUGCCAGAGGCCGUGCGCACUGUGGGCAUGCAGUGGAUUCCAGUUCUGCAUUCUCAUGACGUGUUCCGAUUGGAAGGAGAGGCCAUGAAUGGAUCUAUCUUUAGGCAAGACUCAGACAGUUCGAACAUGGAGCUCUCAAACCGCGAUGCAGAGGUGUCUGCGCAGCCUUUGCGGCGUGUGGAGCGCGAAGAGCAGCAGGUUGCCAUGCAGACCCGAGAGGGGCUGGAGCGUAGCAUCAAGGCUGCGCUCAAGGAGCACAGUCUGGCAAAAGUGCGAGUUGCUGAGCUGGAGGAGAUAACCGAGGCGGUUGGUAUCGACGCGGCUCGCUGUCGAGCAAAGGAGAAGGCCUCUCGGCAAGACCUUGCCGAUUCGCAACACAUGUUCAAUUUCGAUCCAGCAUCACAGGAGCAUGAGCAGCUGGUUGGAAAACAGGCGAGACUCCGCAAUGAGCUGAAGGCUCGCUUGGUGGCUGCCGAUCUGCAGCGAGAGCUGGAGGCGUUGACCAAGGCUUGCCAUACUGAGAGUCCACGGCUGUUUCCGAGCAGGUUUGAGAGCGGAGAUUGCUAUCGCCUCAUCCGCUUGAACAAUGGCAUUGAAGCCUUGCUCAUCUCCAACCUCGAUGAACAGAAGCAAAAAUCAGCAUGUGCUUGCAGUGUGCAGGUGGGCUCUUUCAGCGAUCCUGCUGGACGUUGUGAGGGGCUAGCGCACUACUGCGAGCACAUGAUCUUCUUGGGAAGCAAGACGUACCCGGGUGAGGCACAAUUUGAGGAGUUCCUGUCCGAGAACGGAGGCGAGUCCAAUGCCUACACAGAGUGUGAGUACACAUGCCUUUACUUUGACGUUAACCGCAAGGCGUUGCACCAUGCGCUCCACAUGUUCGCAGAGCUCCUGCAUGAGCCCCUCUUCACGCCAGAUGCCUCUGCCAGAGAGCUUCAGGCUAUCGAAUCUGAAUUCCAGAAGAAAAGAAGAAGUGACCGUGUUCGUGCUGAGACUCUGUUCGCCAAUUUCGCUGCAGAAGGCCAUCCUUGGAGGAUUUUCGGCUGGGGCAACCUGCAGAGUCUCGAUGUCGCUCCCAAAGCGCAGGAUGUUGACCUCCACGCAGAGCUUGGGGCAUUCUUUCAACAGCACUACAAGGCUAGCAGAAUGCGGCUGAGUGUAUUCGGGAUCGAAAGUCUGGACUCUUUGCAGCUUGCUGUUGUCAAUGCCUUCUCGACCAUUUCGCCAUCUCCGGAUGUAGACGAUUUGGACUUUGGGGCCUGUGGCCUUCUGGAAAGCAAGGACUUGCCACGAUUGGUGAGGGUGCGACCGAUUUUUGAUGGACAUGUGCUCUGGAUGAGUUGGCAGUUGCCUCAUUUUUCAUCCUGCCCUUCGGGUAAGCCAGAAAGCUAUCUCAGCAGCCUCAUAGGUGAUGAAGGACACGGCUCCAUCUUGUCCUUCCUCAAAGAUAAGGGUUGGGCCACAGCUCUGUCAGCAGGGGCCGGUGGCGACAACUUUACUCACAGCAGUAAUUCGAUGAUCUUCACGGUUGAAGUAACGCUCACGGUGAAUGGGCUUGCCAACUGGAUGGAGGUAGCGGCGACUGUUUUCCAGUACCUGGAGAUGCUGCGUAUCCUGAGGGUGGUCUACCUUCGUUCCUUUAUGAUGAACAACGGCGACCUGGAUGCCCCUGAGCAAGGCCACACGGAAGGCGAAAUCCAGCCCAAAGAGGCCCAGGCAUGUGCUGGGCACACUGAUCCGAGCUUUGGGGAUGUUUCUGAUCGUGUGCCGCGCGUCGAGCGACAUUUUGGAACAGAGUACUGGGACUCUUGUCUUGACGCGGCACUAUUAACCAGGUGGGAAGCUCUCGAGCCUUCGGCAAAGCUGCAUGUUCCACCUCCCAACCCCUUUAUUGCCACGGAUUUCUCGAUAUUGCAGCAAGAUGUGGACGACGAGGAGAAACUUUCUCUUCCAGCGUCAGGCUAUGCAAGUUUCCCAGCUAUUCAAAGGUUGCUGCCAUCACCAAAGUGCCUCAGCUCAGGGUUUCCAGGUCUGAAAUUGUGGCACCUUCCUUGCGCAGAGCUCUUCAGGCAGCCUCGUAGCCAAGUCUCAUUGAAGUUGCAGUCGCCGUACUAUGCCCUUGAUGCAGAGAACGUGCAGAAAGAGGUGCUGCUGGAACUUUACGCCUUGUGCUUUCAUGACAGCCUGAAUGAGAUGCUCUAUGCCGCGGGGAAGGCGAGACUGCAUUGUACAAUCAGCAGCUCUGCAAAUCACGGUUUGACAAUAAGGGCUGGGGGCUUCAACGAGAAGCUUCUUGACCUUGUCAAGGCAACAUUGCCCAGUCGGAAACUUGAGGAGUACCUGUUGCAGCCAGACCGUUUCCAAUCAAUGCAUGAGGCGUUAUUGAGGAGCUACAAGAACCAGUGGUUGAAACCGCAGGUACAUUGCUCAGAUCUUCGCAAACUCCUGUUGAUUCCAUCGGUGCCACGGGCAUCGCAGAAGGAGACUGAGCUAUCUGCUUGUGGUUCUGGCGAGCUACUUGAAUUCGCGCGGAAUUUCAACCUCGUGCUGGGGUGCCAGCUGUUAGUGUCUGGAAACACAUCGUCAAGCGACGUGACAACAUGGGCGGAAUCGGUCUUUGAGAAUUAUAUUUUGGAACCUCAGAGAAAGGUGGAUGUAGACGUGGUUCAGCUUCCUGUGGGGUCUGCAGCAGUUUGGCUGCAAACUGCAGUGGACUCUACUCAGUCGAACUCUGCGGUGGAGAUAUAUUUUCAACUGCCAGGGCGAGAUGCCUGGCACUGGCAGGAGGACCGUGCACGGGUUAGAGUGCUGCUGGCUCUGCUGGAAGACGUCAUGUACGAGAGCCUGUUUGACGAGUUGCGCACAAAGCAACAGCUCGGAUACAGCGUCGGGUGCAGUAUGCGAGAUUCUUUUGGGGUCCCAGGCUUCAGCAUUUACGUUCUGAGCGCCGUGCAGCCGCCGCCUGUCCUGGUGGAACGUGUCAUGCAAUUCUUGCAGGACUUCGCGCAACAAAUGCGGGCGUGGCCAACCAGCAAGUUCGAAAGCCACAUUGCAGGGCUGGCAGGCAGAUGGCUGGAGCCGAAGCGGACACUUGGUGAGGCACAUGCAGCCUCCUGGUCCGAGAUAAGCUACGGUUUUCCUGUGUUUGAACGCUCUGAGCGUGAAGCCGCAAUUCUGGGAAGUCUUGAGCUGCACCAGCUUUUAGAUCUCUUUGAGGCGCAUGUGGCACCAGGUGGUUCUGGCAGGGCCUGCGCUAUCACAGCAGUGGUGCCAGCAGCCGACGAGCUGCAUGGACGCGCUCUUUCUGAGUCUAUAUCAAAAUGGAAGUUGACAGUCUUGGCUGUGACUUGGGAGCAUUUUGUUUGGAUUCCUGUGCGUCGCAUUUUGACCCUUCUAACAUUGUAUAGCCAGGUUACAUCUGAGCGCGAGUUCCACGCACAGAGCCAGUUCCAUCACCGAAGAGAUGAAAGCGAGUGCAAAAAGCAGUCUCCAGCUUCCGCGCAUGAACUGCGUUGCAAAUCUGCUUGA